AUGGUUACUCCAUGGCAUCAACAAAUAUUUGCUCUUGAUGCUAAAUAUAAUGCACAACGUGUAAACAAGCUACCUUCCUUAGGAUUGCUUUAUAUUCGUCGUAGAAAUCAGUUAUUAAAAGAAAAGUUCUGUAAAGAUCCAAAAGUCUGUGAAAAGUAUUUAAAGUUAAGAUCAAAGUUGUUAUUUUUACGGUAUGGUGAAAGCUUGGAACAAAAUAGUCUUGGAAGCCACACAACUGAAGAGGAGAAGUUAGAGAUUAAAACACAAUUGCACAGCAUUCAACGAAAAUCAAUAGCAGAAAACUUUGCAUUUGAUGGUGUACAUCAUGUUUUCGAUCAACACAGUAUGCCUGUAACAAUGUUAAAAUUUGCAAACAAUGAUAAAUCAAAAUUGUGUUGUGCAUCGUUAGAUGGAACAUUAUCAAUAUGCGAGGCAAUUAGCACACCACCAAAAGUAAUAGCACUGCUGCAGGGACACAGAAAAGGUGUUACUGCGUUAGAUUGGAGUAUUAGUAAUGAUCUUAUAGUUUCAUCUUCUUUGGAUUGUACUAUAAGACUAUGGAAUGUAGCUACAGAAGCUGCACCAGCAUUUUUACGAGAAGUUGAGGAUCAACAGAAAGCAGAAGUACUAUGUUGUGGAUUUAUACCAAUCAACAAUAAUUUAGUUGUUGCUGGUAAUUCUCAGGGACUUGUACAGAUCUUAAAUAUAUCUACUGGAAUAUAUACUCGUGGUGGAUCUUGUAAAAUUGGAGGGAAAAUUUUAUCUUUGACUUGCGAAGGUAGUGGCGGUUUAGUGAUAUGGGUUGGAAAUGAUAGGGGAAUUAUUAUGUCGUUUCAAUUAGAACCAGGAACUGGCCGUUUAACAAAGCUACGUAGAGUACAAGAAAUUGGUGGAAUGAUAACUAGUCUCUCUUGGCGUUCGUGGUUUUCAAAAGAUGCUCCGUGGCCUGCACUUUUAGUCAGCAGUGCUUUCAAUGCAGUACUUUUAUAUCAUAUUGUUGAUAAUCAGGGCUCAUUAUCACUUUGGACCAAGUACCCAAUAAAACAUAAGCAAUAUUUUGUCAGAUCUACUUUUGGUCCACAAAUGGAAACAUGUUUAAUAGCCACUGGUUCUGAGGAUGGCACAAUUCAUUUGUUAGAUUCAGCUAGACAAGGGAAAGCGAUCAAAGUUAAUCGACUUGAGGGACAUGCAUCACCAACACUUGCAUUAUGUUUCAAUUAUGAUGAAUCUCUUCUGGCAUCUGCAGAUCAUCAAGGGCUUAUUAUUGUAUGGCGUAAUCGUCAACGACAUAUAUAA